GCUGGCCAUUAUCAGAAUUAUUCCUCUAGCAGCUGUCUGCAGUUUCCUGUUUCCACAGAAACAUCAGGAACAAAGAGGAAGCACUUUUCUUAGAGUCCUGCUUCCAGCUGCUGCACGCAAAAGUCACGCUGCAUGCAAAAGUCACCCUUCGUCCCUCUUACUCUCACUUCUCUCCUACAAGUAUGUUGCUAGUACUUGCCUCUCAUCUGCAUUAAUCCCCUGGUUUUCCUAAUUUUCACUUAAAAAAGCUGUCACUUUGAUGCAUCUGCUCUCCUCUAAGGUAGCUCAUAUGAGACAGCUCUGUUGAUUCUGAUUCUCACUCCUUAGUACUUAAUUUCAUCUGUAUAAAACACUGUGAGGUAGGUUAGUUGCUUCAGCAAAGAACACUUUUGUCCUAGAUCAAAUAGCCUUCAUCACAGCUGCAGUUCUAGUCCAAACAAUAUAAAAAUAUAAGAUAUCCUUGAGAAGAGUUUGUUGAUCCAGGGACACAGGGAGAGUGGCCAGGGAACAGCCUUCCUCAAAAGCUGAAUUUCAGCAUUUUGUCAGAGUGAGCCUUGAGUCUGGGAUGAGACAGUUUCCACACAGUUACUUUUUAAAAUGAUUCUGUAUUCUGGAUGUUUUGUCUGUAUUGCAAAAGCCCAGCUGCAUAUGGAAUUUUUAAGAGUCAGGUGAAAAGAGACUGAAACUCUAUUUGGCUCAGCUGUGUAAGAGUAGGACAGUUUUCUAAUACUACCAAAUUAUUGCUGCCAAGGAAAAUUUGCCAAAAGAUGCUCUGAGCUGCUUCUAAGUAUUAGAAUCAGAAAUUUAUGAUUAAAAGCUUGAGUAGUUCUUCCUAGGAAUCUUUUAUUUUUCCAAGUCAUUUCUACUUACCACUGUGUUACAUAUCCUAUGCCGUCUUCUAUCCAAAUGCUGUCUACUGUGGCAAAAGCAGGUGUGGGAAGCAGUCUGGGGCAAUGGUUCUGAUAGCUGUGUGAGCUCAGCGGUGCUGACAAGUUUCACUUACAGUAAUCAAACAGAUCUGGAAAAAAGAGAACUAGAUUUCUGUGGUACCACGAAGCGUCGCCUCUCAGUCACUCCCCGGCAGCGGCAGCUCAGCCCUGUACACUUGCACCUUGCCUGCAGCUCUGCCUGUGCUGCAGGAGACAAACAGCCCAACCACGGGCAAAAGGACCAGAUUGGACUAAAGGGCACCCACAGCUGUGACUGGACAUGGUGUGCAAGAAAUAAAGAAGUGUACAUAGAAGAUAAGUUUUCGUGAAUGAGGAGGGUGAGCGGGAGUGUUCCUCAUUUCAGCCACGAUGUUGCCUUACGUCUGCAUGAACUGGAUUCUCCUGGUCCUGUUUACAGGCCCCACAGUAUCGGAAUUAGUGACAGGAGGGGUUGGUCAGAACGUCACCGUGCCCUGCUCCUACAGCGUCCGGAGGACAAGCGACAUCACAUCCAUGUGCUGGGGACGGGAUAGCUGCCCUAAGUCACAGUGUUCUCGGCCCAUUAUCUGGACAGAUGGAUGGAGGGUGACAGAGCAGCACGGCAGCAGGUACCUGUUGCAAGGGAACCUGUGGGAGGGCGACGUGUCCCUCACGAUCGUGAACGCCGAGGAGGCAGACAGUGGGACUUACUGCUGCCGUGUGGAGCACCGGGGGUGGUUCAACGACCAAAAAAGUAAUUUCGAGGUUGUGAUAAUAAAAGCUAGGAUCUCUACUGCAAGUCCUCACACUUACACCCCUGAACAGACAUCAGCUCCUGGGAGCACCAGUGAAUCCUCCUUUGCCUUCACAGAAACGUGGCCAGCAUCUGCCUCGGAAGCUCCUCGGAAUGCCUCUGGCCCCUGCUCAGACACCUCAGACUGCUCACAUGUUACUGCAAACAUGCAGAACACCUCUGUAUCGCUUCCCAGUCAGCAGUAUUCCGAAAAUGGUCUGUACAUUGGGAUUGGGUCAUGUGCAGUGCUUCUGGUCAUCCUGAUUUUGGCUCUGUUUCUCACUAAACAAUACUUUUACAAUACAAAGAAGACAGGUGACUUUGGAAACUUCAUUGUGUUUCGGAGGCCACAAGGUGUGGGGAAUCACAGUGCCCUGGAAGAUGAGAUCCAUGCAGAGGAAAAUGUUUAUAUCAUACACUAAGGACUGCUUGCCUUUGUCAUCACUGGGACAUUAAACAGUUUGAAAAAUGUUAGCUGCUCCCUCUGCUCAGCAGCUGAAUGUGUCUGCACUACUGAAGCAUUACUCACAUCAUUCUAAUAAAACAAAUAAAAGCUA